UGGCUUCCCUUGGGCAGGAGGGACGUUUCUCCCUUCUCUAAAAGCAGCCUCAGCCCCUCGUUGUCUCACGUCCCAGUUACCUGACGGACAUUGACCGGAUCGCCAUGCCGUCCUUCGUGCCAACACAGCAGGACGUGCUUCGUGUCCGCGUGCCCACCACUGGCAUCAUCGAGUACCCGUUUGACUUGGAAAACAUCAUCUUUCGGAUGGUGGAUGUUGGUGGCCAGCGAUCUGAAAGACGGAAGUGGAUUCACUGCUUUGAGAGUGUCACCUCCAUUAUUUUCUUGGUUGCUCUGAGCGAAUAUGACCAGGUCCUGGCAGAGUGUGACAAUGAGAACCGCAUGGAAGAGAGCAAAGCCUUAUUUAAAACCAUCAUCACCUACCCCUGGUUUCUGAACUCAUCUGUGAUUUUGUUCCUAAACAAGAAGGAUCUCUUGGAAGAGAAAAUCAUGUACUCUCAUCUAAUAAGCUAUUUCCCAGAGUACACAGGUAAGGACGUGCUCACCUUGGGACCAUGUUUUUCUCUGUUGAUCUUGUCGACCUCCCACCCCGGGGGGGCAUCAGCCCAGAGGCUGGCAGGACCUGUGGGAACAGCCUCUCUCUCCAUUCCCCUCUCCUGA